GUACACCAAAUUUUUGUACCCCAUUUUGUAUGCUGCAGGUUUGCACUGACAUUUUGUAUUUUGUGCUUGUGUAAAACUAAAAUUUGUUAACACAUUAGGUGUAGGUUUUCUCUCUCUCUCACCAUGAGGAAGAGAGGACGACCUCCAAAAAUCGAUGACAAAUCAACAAGAAUGGAUAACUCCACGACGGAGGAACGGCCAGAGAAGGAGAUUCCUUCUGAGAUCACACCGGAACAGAAAAAAGAAGGUGAGGAAUCUGGAUUUGAUGGAACCCUAGAUCCUGAUCAAAAUCUGAUAAAUGCCAACAAAAUUGUGACGGAACAACCCAAAAGCUAUGCGGAAGUAGUAGGCGUACAGGAGGAGCUGAAUCUAGAUUUGAAAUACAUACCUGCGGAGAUAAUUGAUGGCACACCUAUUGCUAGAUUUUCAACGGACGAUGUCAUUGAGCCAGGUGAGUACUGGGAAUCUGCCCUUAUCUGCUGCGUAUUGGGAGCAAACCCCCCAUUAGAAGUAAUCAAAGGCUUUCUUGCUCGAAUCUGGAAACGAUAUGAAAUAGAUGAUAUAUCCUUCCUCAAAGAGAGUCAAUUCAUUGUGAGAUUUAAGAAGAAGGAGGACAGAGAUGAAAUAGUAAAGAGGAAAUACUACUAUAUGGAUAAUAAGCCAGUUUAUGUCCAACAAUGGUAUCCUGGGUGCAAGGUGGAUAUAAUGAACAGGAAGGAUAUCCCGAUAUGGAUUCAGUUCCCUGACCUAGAGAUGAAAUACUGGAGCCUAACUGGGUUAAGCAGGCUUAGAAGCACAAUUGGUAAACCUAUUAAAAGAGAUGGAGCUACUGCCUCAAGGAGGAAAUGGGCCUAUGCGAGGAUAAUGAUUGAGGUUCAAAUAAAUCAAACGUUCCCUGACCAGAUUAACUUUAUCAAUGAAGAAGGAAGGAUCAUCACACAAACUGUCACUUAUGAAUGGGCACCAACUAUUUGUUCACAUUGUGACAGGAUAGGGCACAAACUAGAGAAAUGCAGGAGGAAAACUGCCCUAAAGGAAGCCAACAUUACUAAAAAGAUGGUAUGGAAACCCAAAGCAUAUCCUAAGGAAACUGAGGGGAAGGAUGCUGAGAACCAUAGCCAUAAGGAGGAUAGAGAAGAGCCCGAAACCCCCACCUCUCCUAAAUCGGAUGGAAAAAACAAUGCAGAUGAAUCAGAAGAGUUAAAGGAUGAAGUUCUCCAUUUGGAUGAAAGAAUAGGUGGUAAUGCUGUUAGCAGGGAAGAGUUACAAGAAUUCCAAGAUUGUCUGAAUCACUGUGGACUGGAUGACCUGCCUUUCGAAGGACCUAAGCUCACCUGGACCAACAAUUAGGGUAUUGGGAAAAGAAUAUACUCUAAGCUUGAUAGAGUAUUAGGGAAUAUGGACUGGUUAAUAAAGUUUGAUAUGAAGG